AUGCGGGUUAAUACGGGACUGCUGGCACUAUUGGUGCUGGCCAGCCUGAUCUGUGGCCAGGCUACGGAUUACUUCUCAUCCAUUACUGGACUGGAGCACUUGCUGCACACGGAGCACACUUUGAUGAAGGAUUUAAGUUCACAGCUGAGUGCGACCCGAAAUGCAUUGAAACAGUUGGAAAGAGAGCUGUCGUCUAUUAAGGUGGAACAUGCACUGGCUGCCAGAGGCUUGGAGAACUAUCUGACCAAUCCGGUCAAUAUUUAUCGUCUGAUGAAGCGUCUUCACACGGACUGGCAACAAAUGGAGAAUCGGGUCCAGCAAAUGAGCGCACAACUAUGUUUCAACAUUACACAACACUAUGGCCUUAACUUUCCCAGUCAGGAGGAUGUGGAAGGCGCCGCACUGGCCUUAGUUCGCCUGCAGAGCACCUAUAAAUUGGAUGUGGCUCAAGUGGCCGCUGGCAUACUGAAUGGCAUCAAAUACGGCACGGACAUGAGCUGGCAGGAUUGCUUUGUGUUGGGUCAACAACUCUUUGAAAUGGAGGACUACAACAACACGAAAGUAUGGUUGCGCGAAUCUAUGGAGCGAUUGCGACGCCAUCAGCCGCAGCCCAGCGCCCCAGAGCCCGCCCUGCUAAAUAACAUGGAAAUGGUGGCGCAGAGUUUAUUCCGUAUGGGCGACUUUGACACGGCAUACGAACUGAGUCAGCGCGUGCUCGAGCUGGAUCCAUCGCGCAUACGGAAUUGGCAUCUGGGUGACAAGACCGCCAAGCUGACGCACGGCGAGAGUGAGGAUGUGGCACAGCCAAGGCAACCAGAUGCUUACAAGCUUACCGAGGAGUUCGCCCACUAUGAGAAGGUGUGCCGAGGCGAGGUUGGCGCCUCUGCUGCCCAGCAGCGGCCUUUGCGCUGUCGCUAUACACGCGGUGAGCAUGCCUAUCGGCUGCUUGCACCGCUCAAGCUGGAGGAGCAUAACCUGGACCCACUGGUGGUCACCUUUCACGACAUGCUGAGCCAGCAAAGAAUCGCCGAGCUUCGAGAAAUGGCUGUGCCGCACAUGCAGCGUUCCACAGUUAAUCCUCUUCCCGGUGGCCAACGGCGAAAAUCCGCGUUCCGCGUGAGCAAAAACGCGUGGCUGCCUUACAGCACGCACCCAACGAUGGAGCGCAUGUUGCGUGAUGUUAGCGAUGCCACCGGCCUGGAUAUGACCUACUGCGAGCAGCUGCAGGUGGCCAAUUAUGGCGUCGGUGGUCACUACGAGCCCCACUGGGACUUCUUCCGCGAUUCGCGGCACUAUCCGGCCGCAGAGGGCAACCGCAUUGCCACGGCCAUAUUUUAUCUCUCGGAUGUGGAGCAGGGUGGCGCCACAGCCUUCCCCUUUCUAAACUUCGCCGUGCGUCCGCAGCUAGGCAAUAUUUUGUUUUGGUACAAUUUGCAUCGCUCCUCGGACAUGGACUUUCGCACCAAGCACGCGGGCUGUCCCGUGCUAAAGGGCAGCAAGUGGAUCGCCAACAUUUGGAUACAUGAGGCUACACAGACGUUUGCUCGACCCUGUGAUUUAUAUCGGGACAAUGGAGUUUCCCUAGGCUAUGACAUUAUUAAAUAA